ACCAUGGGGAGCAGCAAGAGCAAGCCCAAAGACCCCAGCCAGCGCCGGCGCAGCCUGGAGCCCACCGAAAAUGCCCACCACGGGGGAUACCCAGCCUCACAGACCCCCAGCAAGGCAGCUGCCCCCGACGCCCAUCGCACCCCCAGCCGCUCCUUCGGGUCCACAGCCGCAGAGUCCAAGCUCUUUGGAGGGUUCAACACCUCUGACACGGUCACCUCGCCGCAGCGUGCUGGGGCUCUGGCUGGUGGAGUUACCACCUUUGUGGCCCUCUAUGACUAUGAGUCCCGGACCGAAACAGACUUGUCCUUCAAGAAAGGAGAGCGUCUGCAAAUCGUCAACAACACGGAAGGUGACUGGUGGCUGGCUCAUUCCCUCACUACAGGACAGACGGGCUACAUCCCCAGUAACUAUGUCGCGCCCUCAGACUCCAUCCAGGCUGAAGAGUGGUAUUUUGGGAAGAUCACUCGCAGGGAGUCUGAGCGGUUGCUGCUCAACCCCGAAAACCCCCGAGGGACCUUCCUGGUCCGGGAGAGUGAAACCACGAAAGGUGCGUACUGCCUCUCCGUCUCUGACUUCGACAACGCCAAGGGGCUAAACGUGAAGCACUACAAGAUCCGCAAGCGGGACAGUGGCGGCUUCUACAUCACCUCCCGCACCCAAUUCAACAGCCUGCAGCAGCUGGUGGCCUAUUACUCCAAACAUGCCGAUGGCUUGUGCCACCGUCUCACCAACGUUUGCCCCACGUCCAAGCCCCAGACCCAAGGCCUUGCCAAGGAUGCCUGGGAGAUACCCCGGGAAUCGCUGCGGCUGGAGGUCAAGCUGGGACAGGGCUGCUUCGGCGAGGUGUGGAUGGGAACCUGGAACGGCACCACCCGGGUGGCGAUCAAGACACUGAAGCCUGGCACCAUGUCCCCGGAGGCCUUCCUGCAGGAAGCCCAGGUCAUGAAGAAGCUCCGACAUGAGAAGCUGGUUCAGCUCUACGCUGUGGUUUCGGAGGAGCCCAUUUAUAUCGUCACUGAGUACAUGAGCAAAGGGAGCCUCCUAGACUUCCUGAAGGGCGAGAUGGGCAAGUACCUGCGGCUGCCCCAGCUGGUGGAUAUGGCGGCUCAGAUCGCAUCUGGCAUGGCCUACGUGGAGAGGAUGAACUACGUCCACCGAGACCUCCGGGCAGCCAACAUCCUCGUGGGGGAGAACCUGGUGUGCAAAGUGGCUGAUUUUGGCUUGGCACGCCUCAUCGAGGACAAUGAGUACACCGCGCGGCAAGGCGCAAAGUUCCCCAUCAAGUGGACGGCCCCCGAAGCUGCUCUGUAUGGCAGGUUUACCAUCAAGUCGGACGUCUGGUCCUUCGGCAUCCUCUUGACCGAGCUGACCACCAAGGGCCGAGUGCCGUACCCAGGGAUGGUGAACCGGGAGGUGCUGGACCAGGUGGAGCGGGGGUACCGCAUGCCCUGCCCGCCUGAGUGCCCCGAGUCCCUGCACGACCUCAUGUGCCAGUGCUGGCGGAAGGACCCAGAGGAGCGACCCACAUUCGAGUACCUGCAGGCUUUCCUGGAGGACUACUUCACCUCAACAGAGCCCCAGUACCAGCCCGGCGAGAACCUAUAG